CAGCACAUCUUUCUCAACUUUAGACCGAAGACCAGCAGCCUGUCUGCAGCGCUACACAUCACAGUCCAGAAUGCCUUUACGGUGAACGCAAUUAUUUUUUUGAAUCGAAGAGAAUAAAUAACCGAUUUGCUCCGAACGCCUCAGCCGCAUAGAGUCGUCAUAGAUGCAUUUUAUAGAAUAAGUUUUUCUAUUUAAUUUUUUUUUUUUUUUACACUGCAAGCAAGUGCCUGAACGAAUGAGUAUAUCCGUACAAUUUUUAUAAUAUGAACUUUUUGCCGAGUGGAAUAUGUUUUUAUCUGUCCGUGGCAAUUUGCUGGUGCACAUCAUUGGUCGACGCAUCUUGGUGGUACAUGGGCACCCUUGGAUCACAAGUGAUGUGCGACAACAUUCCCGGGUUGAUUAACAAACAACGCCAGUUGUGCCGCCAGCAUCCAAAAGUGAUGCAGGCAAUAGGAGCUGGAAUUAAAAACUGGAUUGGAGAAUGCCAGCACCAGUUCAGGAACCAUCGGUGGAAUUGCAAUACCAUGGCGCGCGAGCACAAUCUUUUUGGGAGGCUUUUGCAUCGAAGCAGUCGUGAGGCCGCCUUUGUCUAUGCUAUUUCCUCAGCAGGUAUGGUGUACACCUUGACCAGGGCAUGCAGUCAGGGUGAAUUAGACACCUGCUCUUGCGACCCAGGAAAGAAGGGCUCGUCUCACGAUGCCAAGGGAGCUUUCAACUGGGGUGGGUGCAGUGAUCACAUUGACCAUGCAAUCAAAUUCACUCAGGUCUUCAUUGACGCCAAGGAGAGAAAGGAGAGAGAUGCCCGGGCACUCAUGAACUUGCACAACAACCGUGCAGGGAGGAAGGCAGUGAAGCGAUUUAUGAACCUAGAGUGUAAGUGUCAUGGUGUCAGCGGCUCAUGCAAUGUGCGUACCUGCUGGUUAACCAUGGCUGACUUCAGGCAAACCAGUGACUACCUGCGCAAGAAGUACAACAAUGCCAUUCAGGUGGUGAUGAACCAGUAUGGAACAGGCUUCACCGGUGCCUACAGGAUGUUUAAGAGGUCUUCCAAAAAUGACCUGGUAUACUUUGAAGACUCACCUGACUAUUGUAUAUGGGACCAUGAGUCUGGCUCUGUGGGCACAGGUGGGCGAGUGUGCAACCGUACAUCUCGGGGGGUUGACGGCUGUGAGGUCAUGUGUUGUGGGCGGGGCUAUGACACAUCACACGUGAGCCGCACCACCAAGUGUGAGUGCAAGUUCCAUUGGUGUUGUGCUGUUCACUGCAGGGACUGCCACGAGGAGGUAGAUGUGCAUACCUGCAAAGCCCAGUACUGACCCACCACUCCUACGCUUGAGUCAGCUUCCAGACUAAAUAUCCUACCUUAAAUCUUUAAGCAUGGUGUACAGUGCUUUUUUGUGACACAUUUAAGAUGGACAAGAUAUCGCAGCAUCACAUACUCAAAUAACAGCACAAAUUUUGAUCUUUUAAAUCACUUUUGUAUCACAACUGAUUUUGAAGUCUUGAAUAGAUGUAUCAAGCAUCCUUUGUUUUACCAACGUUACCUAUUGUUUUGAUUUUCUGACCAUAACACAAAUAUUUAUUAUUGCUUUGGAAUAUAAUAAUGUUUAUCUUUUUUUUUAAAUGUAAAUUAAAAACUCUAUGUAAUUUAAAGUAAAUCUUACUUGAUAUGUUGGA